UGUAGAAAUAAAGAAUGGACAAAUCCCGAACUAAUGAACAUUUAAAUAAUUAGCAAUUUUUGUAUAUAAAAUUAAAACCAUGCAUGUAUAAGUGAUUCAAGUAGUCAAUUGUAGGUUACCUCAAGAAGUGAGAUUUACAAUUGUAUAUAUCUAUAUAAAUGUUCUAUUAAUAAAGUUUUCAACAUUCUUCUUCUUCUUCUCUCCUUCUUCUCCUUCUUCUUCUUCUUCUUCUUCUUCUUCUUCUUCUUCUUCUUCUUAUUUAUUGUUGUAAAAACAAGAUUAAUGAUCGUAAUUCAAAUGUUUAUUCUACCAUUCUGCAUCACAUGGAAUAAAUGCGAAGCCCGUCAUCACUCCACCAACUACAGCCGCUGUUAAAAAGUCGGGAACAAAGUGUUGUUGCGGAAAGGUUUGUAAAGGAGCUCGAGGUUUAAAAAUGCAUCAACGUAGUUGUCGGGUCAUCAUGGGACUAAAUAAAGAGCUAUUAGAAAAUGUUUUUGAACAGGAUGAAAGCAACAACAACUGUGCUGGAGACCUAGAUGAUAUUGACAUCACCUCAGUCUACAAUACCAAUCAGGAGGAAGAAUAUCCUGAGUUAAAAAAGGGUAUAAAUCUUCCUAAAACCAAUUCAGAAUGGUUAACGACUAACGAACAUUUCAAGUUUUCACUAAUGUCUGAUCCACCAAUCACAAGUGACGAUUUAAAUACAUUAAUUAAACUACUAAAUGACACCAUUUACACCUACUUUGCUGGAAACUUCGGGUUUUUGGAACGUCUGCCGGAUAAAUUACUCAAUGAUAAAUACAAGAAUCACAGCGUAAAGGACUUGAAGAAAGCAUUGAAACUACUUAAAUUAUCCAACUCUGAUCUGGCCGAAAUUAAAUAUGCCUCUCGUCUCGUACGAAAUAAGCUCAAAUCUAACACAAGUAAUGAUAAUAUGAUAAUAUGAGUCGUUUAACCGCGAUGAAUAUAUUGAACGUAAUUUCUGGGGAUAUGUCAAGAAAGUCAUAAACUGCAGCGUAUCGAUUCUCCCUGCCUUCCAUAUGGACGACUGUUUAAAGUACUUUAGGACAGUCUUGACUCCGGUCAAUCCAAACAAAAUAUUUCAAAUUCCAAGUUGGAUUCCAAUGCUACACGAUCCCAUUAUUGAAAUUGCAUGACCUUGAACCUCCAACUUACCGACAAAUAACAAAUAUUAUUCGUAAAAUGAAAACAUCUGGCUCGCCUUGUCCUCUAGAUCAAAUCUCCAUUAUAAGUUUUAAGCGUUGCCCAUACCUCCGAACAUAUUUAACCGAACUAAUUCAAGCAGUCUGGCUUUCUGGUUCAAGCUUGUACUAUAUUAAUCCACAAGAAAAAUGAUGCCAAUCUCCCGGAGAACUUCCGUCAAAUUUAACUCUUCAAUCCGUACCACUGAAAGUAUUCACUUCAAGUCUCCGUAAUGCAAUGUUCUCUUACCUACUCGCCAAUAACUUUAUCGAGCACGAAAUUUAAAAGGGCUUCACCCCUCAUAUAUCGGGGACAUUAGAACAUACAACACAAAUGGCUUAUAUAAUCAAUCAAGCACGAAUAAGACAGCGAUCUCUCGUCA